UAUAAUAAUCAGUUACUAAUAUCGAAGUAUAUAACAACAAAGUAUUUUUAAAUUUAUCCACAUUUUAACUAGCGAGAGACUACUUUUGACCUACUGAAUAUGCACUUAUGUCAUAAUCGCACCAACGUCCAUUUUCAGACGCAAACGCUCGUAACGGAUUCUAGGGGAACAUUAAUGACGACAUGUGCAUAGUAUAGAAAAAGCUACAUAAAUGUGAAAUUGUAACCACACAUGAACGCGGUUCAUGAAUAUAUGACAUUAGGCACAACGCAUAAUGGCUACUAUAACAUUGUAAAAAAGUGUUUCGCCUGACAGCAGUAGAAAUGUAGUUCGUGUAAUUCAAAGAACAUUUUGUGGUUUAAUUGUCAUACAGAUUUUUUCGAUUAACUAAGGUUAAUAACAAACUCAUUUGUUCCAUGACUUCCUUACUAAAUAAUACGUUAACAAAAAAUGACAGUAUUAGAAACAGAAGAAGAUGCGGAUAAACGUUCAGUUCCUCCUAGGAAGAAACUUUGCUUAUCCCUUUCUGGUCGUGCACGUACAAUUUCUAACAACAUUUCUCAGGCUCCUCAGAUUUCAGAGAGGGAGAGCCUUUUAAACAGAGAUACCUAUACACAUAGUACAAUCAAAAUGUUGAAUGGUUAUCGCAACCAAUUGAGCAAUCACCAAGAUGGAAGUUAUGAUGUAUCGAAUAGUGGUACAGAAGGAUUAAGAAUAGCUACUUUAUGUAAUUUAGGAAAUACAUGUUUUUUGAACAGUGUGAUAUAUACGUUACGAUUUGCACCAUCCUUCCUACAUAAUUUGCAUCAUUUGGCCACCGAUUUGUCUAAUUUAAAUGAUAAACAACUUCAAACAAAAAUAAAGUCAUCAUCUUUGGGAAGAACUGGUGUGUCACUUACAUCGAGUGGCAGCAGGAGUUGGAGCAGUAAAGACCUAUUAGCUUUGGCUGGACCUACUGGAGAUAGUAACAAACAUAGAAUACAAAUAGCUACUGAGAAGUUACAUGAAUUGUUCAUGGCAUUACGUGCAUCUGAAGCAAGAGAAAACAGUGAACCGUAUCAACCAGAUGCAUUUUUGCAAGCUCUUAGAGAUGUGAAUCCUAUCUUCGAAGGAAAUCAACAGCAAGAUGCUCAUGAACUUUUAGUGUGUUUACUAGAUAACAUCAGGGAAACAUUCCAAUUGUUGGUCAGGCAUAGAGAAAGUCAGUUUGGACAAAAUAACGAUGGAUUAUCAGACUUCUCUACAGAACAUUUAACAGAUGUACAAUCAGAAGGUAGUAAUUCCAACAAAAGAAGCAUUCGUAAAUCUAGGAAAAAGAAAAAGAUAACGACAAGGGGAAGUUCAUCUUGUCUUGUACAAUCGAAUCUAAAUGGUGUAUCAGUAUCUUCUAGACCAUAUGAGCAUAUGAAAUAUUAUAUGAAGUACUGUAUGAAAUAUGAAAAUGGUCAUGCUGAAUUUCCGGAAACUAAUGGAGAGAUAAAUAGUCAUAGACUAGAAAGCAAAAAGUGUUUUAUUUCUGAAGAUUUUGAAGGAGUUAGCCUUUUGCGGACUACAUGUCUAGAGUGUGAGCAUGUUACAGAACGAAAGGAAACAUUUUGCGAUAUAUGUGUGCCUAUUGAUAUAGACAGAUCAAGUGAAAAAGAUAAAGAAGUAAGACCAAUGGAUAGUAGUGAAGUAUACAAACGUGCAGUAGUUACUAGCGAACUUCUUUGGGGUAGAGAUAAAUAUUGGUGCGCUCGUUGUCUUCGUUAUAAUGAAGCUCGCAGAGCUGUGUGUUUUCCAUCUUUACCAAGGCUACUUAUAUUGCAGUUGAAAAGAUUUUCUACCGCAGCAGGGUCAAUGGAAAAAAUUAAUAAUCAUAUGCCAACACCGUUAACGUUACAAUGUUUUUGCGAAGAAUGCAAUAAUGAUCAAACACGGGGAACUACAAGUGGCAGAUCAGAGUCACGACAUGUAUAUAAGUUAUAUUCUGUAAUUAUGCACCAGGGUGCGACAAUGACAGCUGGUCAUUAUGUCGCUUAUACUCGUUUACCUGAUGAAUCUGCAUUCGCAGAAUAUUUUCAAUGCGAUCGAGGUAGUAAACGACAAACUUCUGGUCAGGGUAGUAGCAGCAGCACAAACACAAACUCGUCUUCAUCAGACAAAACAUCCGGUAUAUUCAAAUACUUUAGAAGUAAACCAAGUGCUAGUGAAUCUAAGGAACAAUUAAUUCGGUUUGGUUGUCGUAGUAUGGAUUGUUGUGGUAUUCGACGUCAUAAACAUACUAGCACAUGGCUGGAAUGUGAUGACGAAGCAGUACAUGUAAUUCCAUUACGAGAGUUAGAAGAUAAAUUAGCGCCAAAUCCACGAAAUUCCGCCACUCCUUACCUCCUAUUCUAUGUAAGAUCUAUGACGUAAAUAUUUUUUUCUUUAAAAACGUAAAAAACAUGCGUAUAUCAAGUAUUCAAACACUAAGAGUGCAAUGGGUCUUGUUCCUCCCUGUUAAUGACUGCGCUGUCACACACAUUCCACAUCUGUUUACUCUGUACGUACUAUAUCAGGUUUAGGUGAAUGUGUAUAAUUUCGUAGAAAAUAAAUUAUGUAUUAAAAUCAUGUUAAGCGUUAGAAUUUGAUAGUUAAAUGAUAUGCAAUAAAUUCUCCACUCUACGCGAUAAUGGUACUCAAAUCUUGCUAUUAAUACCACAAAGUGUCAAUUUGUAUUUAGAUGAUUAAUGUUAACUGGGACAUGGGGCGUUUUAUUUUUAAGUUGUUUCUGUAAAAAUAAAAGUGUGUAUUCUUGA